AUGCCGCGGAAGUUCCGGGAUGAGGCCCUCCGCGCGCGGACCGCGGGCCUCAAUUGGGCGAUGUGCGCCCUCUGUCUCGCCAGCUUGGCCGUGUCCGGUGUGCUCUUCUACCGCGAGCUCAGCCUCGAAGCGAGGAUCACGAGUCUGGAAGCACGCUGCCUGCGCGUCCAGGACCCCUCGUCGCCGGUGGAGGCCCUGCUGCAGAGGCUCAAGGCGGAGAUGCAGGAGGAGCUGCGGCAGGCGCAGCGGUUCGACUCCGGCGCGGUCUUCAGGCUCAAACGUGACAUCUCCGAGUGCAAUUGUCCCCCAGGUCCACCCGGUGAGCCGGGUCCACCCGGAAAGAGGGGCAAGAAAGGGAAGAAGGGCGAUCCCGGCGAGCCCGGUGCGCCGGGUGUGGCCGGGACGCCGGGCAAGAACGGUUUUCCGGGACCCAUCGGCUUGGACGGGCCCAAAGGUGAUCCGGGCCGACCCGGUGACAAAGGGCAGAAGGGCGAGCUGGGCAGCCCCGGAUUCGACGUCUUGUCCGCAGUAAAGGUCAAUGCACAGGGAUUGGGGUUAAAGAGGUCGGUGACGACGCUCCGCGGCGGGACGCUCGGCUACGCGGAAAUCGUCGCCCUCAAGGGAGAGCCGGGUGAACCCGGGCCGCCGGGACCACCCGGUCCGCCAGGAGCCGAGGGUCUUCCCGGACACGAGGGCAGACAGGGGAUUCCGGGCGAGGUCGGCGCACCAGGGGAGAAGGGCCCAGCCGGGCCGAUCGGGCCCAUCGGUCCGACGGGCACGCCAGGAGUUGCAGGUUCCAAGGGUGACAAGGGUGAUAAAGGCGAGCGGGGCUUCACGGCGAACUUCAAGGGUGAUCAGUUUCCAACUGGAGUAUUCGAAGGCCCACCUGGUCCACCAGGACCACCUGGGUCCCCGGGCGAGAAGGGAGAACUGGGCCCGACAGGACCGCCCGGCCUGCCUGGCGAGAAGGGUGCUCGGGGAAAGCAAGGGAAGAGGGGUUUCAAGGGUGAGAGCGGUUUGGCAAUGGCGAGAGGUGUCCCCGGCCUGCCGGGUCCGAAGGGUGAGCCCGGCGAACGGGGUUACCGGGGCGAAAAGGGCGCCAUAGGAGACGCGGGUUCAGCAGGGCCCAAGGGUGAGGUGGGACUGCAGGGCUUGCCGGGGCUCAACGGAACCGACGGCGAUCCCGGUAUCCAAGGACCCCCCGGAUUACCGGGAAUAUCCGGACCUAAAGGUGAAAAGGGCGACUACGGCGACAUUGGUCCCCCCGGCCUUAUGGGACCUCCGGGUCUACCCGGCCCACCGGGCUAUCCUGGGCUGAAAGGCGAGAAAGGAGAGAAAGGCGAAUCGAAGUACAAAAAGCUCAGGCGAAGACAGGGAGACGGCACGUUCGAGAUGAACGCCGGGGAAGUGAUAAUGGGCCCGCCCGGACCCCCAGGACCCGCUGGUACUCCCGGACUGCAGGGCCCGCCCGGGAUCAAGGGUGACAGAGGACACGACGGCGCCAAGGGCGAUCCUGGAGAAAAGGGUGGCAAAGGGGAUCCUGGUCCGAUGGGACUGCCCGGCCCCAUGGGACUGAGGGGAGAGUCCGGAAAGCCCGGGGAUUCCGGGAAACCUGGCCCCAUGGGAUCACCAGGAUUAGACGGCAUGAAGGGCGCGCAGGGCGAGCCAGGGACGAAGGGAGAAAGGGGAGAUCCGGGAUUGCCUGGUACUGACGGGAUUCCCGGCGCGGAGGGACCGAAGGGAGAGAAAGGUGCCAAAGGCGAAUCUGGGCCGCCGGGUAAACGCGGCAGAAAAGGCGACAAGGGCAACAAGGGAGAUCAAGGUGUUCCAGGAUUGGAUGCCCCGUGUCCGCUGGGACCGGACGGACUCCCCUUACCGGGCUGCGGCUGGAGACCACCGCAGCAGGACAUCACGAGCACGUCCGCACCGGCGAUCGAGGGUCCCGAGCCCGCGGAGACGGAUUACGAGGAGCCGGAGGACGAGUACGACGACUACACGGACCCGAACGGGAACCUAGCCGAGCAAUAAUGCUCGUUUUUGUGUGCGCUGCCCUGAUAACUCUACCGACAACUACCAUCAAUACCAACACUAUCACCACCACCACCACUGCCACCCUCAUCACUCGUCUCACCCCGUUCUCCCAAACUAACGUGGUCCCGCUGAGGAACAAUAUCCUGCGCCGAUGGCUAGAGGAGGAGGAGGAGGAGGAGGAGAA